AUGCCCCGCCAGCUUCUUGCUACCCGCUUUAUCGCCAUUCCUGAUGAUGUGAAGGUCAUUCUCGAGGGCCGCAAGGUCACUGUGAGUGGCAAACGCGGUGAGCUGACCCGUGACUUUCGUCACCUGACGCUUGACAUGCGUCGCGUCAACAAGGAGCAGAUCCGUGUCGACCUGUGGUUUGGCAACCGCAAGCAGCUCGCUUGUGUGCGCACGGUGUGCUCGUUGAUUGAGAACAUGAUCACGGGGGUGCGAGUUGGGUUCCUGUACAAGAUGCGCUUCGUGUACGCCCACUUUCCCAUCAACGUGACGUUUGAGAACAACGUGGUGGAGAUCCGCAAUUUCUUGGGAGAGAAGCGCGUGCGUCGUGUGGCUCUAUCGGAGGGUGUUCAGUACGUCCGCACGGGCGACGUGAAGGACCAGAUCGAGCUGAGCGGUAUUGAUCUGCAGAAGGUGUCGCAGGACGCCGCCAAUAUCACGCAGGCCUGUCUUGUGCGUCGCAAGGAUAUUCGUAAGUUCCUGGAUGGUAUCUACGUGUCCGAGAAGACCCACAUCGAGAUCGAGGAGAGCUAG